UGGGGCUAAAUUUGUAAUUUAAACUUUUAGAAAAGUUGAAUCGGAGAAGAUGAGGGAUGGAAGCGACGGAGAGAAGAAAAACGGGAGAAGCUUUUGAGAAACGCCGCCUCCUUAAACCCUAAAAUUUCUAUGCUUUUCAGCUCUUAAAUUAAAUGUACGCUAUGUAUCCAUCAUUCUCUGUUUGUGUUCCCUCUCCCCUUAAUCCUCCUUUCUUCCUCCGACUAAUUCAUCCAUUCUUGUUUUCUUUCUUCUCUUCUUCUUCUUCUUCUUCUUCUUCUUCUUCCCACUCCCAACCACCCUCUCAUUCCUAUGGAAUCGUCCUCCAAUACCUCAUCGAUACCUUCCAACUCUCCCCCGCCAGAGCCGUCUCCAUUAUGGCAACCCGUAGAGGCAUUCAAUCAACUGAAAAGCCUCGUUCCGUUUACAAAUAUCUUUCGGACCUCGGAUUAUCCGACACCCAAAUUAAAUCAGCCGUUCGAAUCACACCCCAAAUCGCGUUUUCCAGCAUUGAGAAAACACUGAAGCCAAAGAUCGAGUUCUUACAGAAUCUUGGCUUUGUUGGCUCAGAUUUGAGUAAGUUCAUUUCCAGGCAAUCUAAAUUUUUUUCUUCUAGUUUGGAAAAGACAUUGAUGCCCAAUGUUGAGAUUCUUAAGAAUGUUUUGCCCAAGGGUACGUGUAAUGACGAUCUCCCGAAAGUUUUGCGGCGAUGUUCUGAUGUACUUACGAGAUCCCCGUAUAAAGUGUUGUCUGUAAAUAUCAAUUACUUACGAAGUUGUGGGAUUGUUGACUAUCAACUCUCUACGUUAUUGAAGCGACAACCUGCACUUUUUAUUAUGCAUGAAUCUCGACUUAAAGAUUUUGUUUCAAUGGCUGUAAAGGCUGGGUUUUCUCCCAACGGUACAAUGUUUAUUCAUGGACUUCAUUCUAUCAGUAGUAUAAGUAAUGCAACUUAUAAGAAGAAAGUGAAGCUGAUUUGUAGUUUUGGAAUAACUGAGAAAGAAUGUAUGAGAAUGUUUAAUUCGGCUCCUGUUUUGAUGAGGACUUCCGUUGGUAAACUUGAGGUUGGUCUAGAAUUCUUCAUGAAUGAGGCAAAAGUUAGCAAAUCAGAUAUUGUUCGUAAUCCUUUUUGUUUGAUGCACGCAAUGCAUGGAAGGGUGCUCCCUCGUUAUAGAGUUCUAGAGGUUCUGAAGUCGAAGAGGCUAACGAAGAAGCUCCCGAAGUUGAUCGAUUCAUUGUGGAUGCCUGAUGAGGAUUUCUUAGAUAAAUUCGUUCGUAGGUUUCCUGACAAUAUGAAUGAUUUGUUUGAGGCCUUUAGAGGUAAUUCGAGGAGAUAGCAACAUGAAGAUGGGGCAAGAACUAGAGCUAAUUUGAUCUAACAUUUGGUCAAUACCUUGAGAACAAGUGGUCGGGGUUGGAAGGUGCUUUGAUCAUAGUGAGCUCUUGAUUCCCCCUUUUCAUGUUAGGAUGGUCUCUCUCUAUCCCACAUUGUAUGUGCUACUAUGGUGAAUGUACUUGGAUUAAAGCUUCACAUUACAAAACACAACUAUUUUGCAUGACAA